AUGAGGCCGCCGGAGGUGGCGGUGGCGGUGGCGGCGCUUCUUCUCGUGGCGGCUGCGGCCGCGACCGCGGCGGAGUCGGCAGCGCCGUUACCGGCGGCGCUGCGGCUGGAGCGCGCGGUGCCGCGCAAGGGGGUGGCCCUAGAGGAACUCAGGCGGCGGGACGCCGCGCGGCACCGUGUUUCGAGGAGGAGGCUGCUCGGGGCCGUAGCCGGCGUGGUGGACUUCCCCGUCGAGGGCUCCGCCAACCCGUACAUGGUCGGGUGGGUGAGCUGCUGCCUCCGCUUUUCCUCUCUAUUGUCUGGUGGUGGUUUAGGAAACCCGGCAAAGGAAUUCUUCGUCCAGAUUGACACUGGGAGUGAUAUAUUGUGGGUAACUUGCAGUCCUUGCACUGGCUGCCCAACAUCAAGUGGACUCAAUAUCCAGCUAGAGUCCUUCAGCCCUGACUCUUCAUCAACAUCAUCCAGAAUAACAUGCUCUGAUGAUAGAUGUACAGCUGCCCUCCAAACAGGGGAAGCAAUCUGCCAAACCUCAGAUUCCCCAAGCAGCCCUUGUGGGUACACUUUCACCUAUGGUGAUGGGAGUGGCACAUCAGGGUACUAUGUGUCUGACACGAUGUUUUUCGAAACUGUCAUGGGAAAUGAGCAGACCGCCAAUUCGUCUGCCUCUAUUGUUUUCGGAUGUAGCAACUCACAGUCAGGAGACCUGACAAAGGCAGAUAGGGCAGUUGAUGGAAUUUUUGGGUUCGGACAGCAUCAACUGUCUGUAGUUUCACAACUGAACUCUCUUGGGGUGUCCCCUAAGGUGUUCUCUCAUUGCCUGAAAGGUUCAGAUAAUGGUGGUGGCAUUCUUGUGCUUGGUGAAAUUGUGGAGCCAGGAUUAGUGUAUACUCCACUUGUUCCAUCACAGCCUCAUUACAACUUGAAUCUGGAAAGCAUUUCUGUCAAUGGUCAAAAGCUGUCCAUUGAUUCCUCCUUGUUUACAACAUCAAAUACACAAGGAACAAUCGUGGAUUCAGGAACAACAUUGGCAUACCUUGCAGAUGGAGCCUACGAUCCAUUUGUUAGUGCGAUAGCUGCUGCAGUCUCUCCAUCUGUACGUUCUCUAGUCAGCAAAGGAAGCCAAUGUUUUAUCACUUCCAGCAGUGUUGACUCAUCGUUUCCAACCGUAACCCUUUAUUUUAUGGGUGGUGUUGCGAUGUCGGUGAAGCCAGAGAACUAUCUUUUGCAGCAGGGUUCUGUUGACAACAAUGUAUUGUGGUGCAUUGGUUGGCAAAGGAACCAGGGCCAAGAAAUAACUAUACUUGGAGAUCUUGUUUUAAAGGAUAAGAUAUUCGUGUAUGACUUGGCGAACAUGCGCAUGGGCUGGGCGGACUACGAUUGUUCAAUGUCGGUGAAUGUCACCACAUCAUCAGGGAAGAACCAGUACGUGAACACUGGGCAGUUCGACGUGAAUGGCUCCGCACGACGUGCAUCAUACGAGAGCUUGAUACCAGCUGGGAUCGUCACCAUGCUUGUUCAUAUGCUCAUUUUCGGCAGCGGCUCACGUAGAUAG